AUGGGGGCCCCCCCUCCCGCCAUGCUGCCCCCCGAGAGGGGCCCCCGGGGCCCCCCGGGCCUCCCCGAGCGCACAUCUUCGCAGCCAACUGCAGCAAAGCUUUUAGCUGCUUCCCAGGCAGCCACUGAAGAGGACCCCAGGGCCCCCAACGCGGCGGACUCCUCGGGGGCCCUCCUCAGGGGCCCCGGGGCCCGGGGGCCCCCAGCGCGGGGGGGCCCCCCCGAGCCUCCGGAGCUUUUGAGGGGCCCCGAAGGGUCUUCAGAGGGCCCGGGGCCCCCGGGGGCCCCCGGGGCCCCAGGGGCCCUUGGGGUCCCGGGAACCCCGGGGGCCUUCGGGGCCCCAGGGGCCCCGGAGGCCCUGGGGCCCCCCGGGUCUCAAGGGGCCCCGGGGGCCCCCAGCCGCCUGGGGGCCCCCGGGGCCCUCGGGGGCCUCCUGCGGGGAGAGCCCCGAGGGUACCCUGGGGGCCGCAUGCAAGAGUCCUGCUUCUCUGCUGAUGCUUCUUGGAUUCGACCUCCUUCAGAUACUGUUGCUGCUGCUGCUGCUGCACUGGAUGAGGAUGCUGUUGCUGAGCCCGCAGCAGCAGCAGCGCCAGCAGCAGCAGCAGCAGCGACGGCGAAGCGGGCGCUGGCAGCCACUGCGGCGGCAGCAGCAGCAGCAGGGGACGCUGCACAGGCAGCAGCAGCAGCAGCAGAAGCAGACUCAGCAGCAGCACGAGAUGUUGCAGCAGCAAUUGCAGAUCUCGAAGCAGCAGCAGAUGGAGGCCCUGCUGCUUUCGAACAUGUUUUCAUUUUCACAAAUCCCACAAGUGGCGGCAACAAGGCCUCAGCAUUUACUCGAGUGAGGACUUUUUAA